AUGGGCAGGCACAGUUAUAUGGACAUACGGAAGUUGAAUAAAAUUCUUCUAGUUUUGAUGAUAGGUUAUGUUGAAAAUAUUACAAAUGAAUUUGAUGAUAUUGAUACAGAACAUGGAAUAGAUGAAAUAGUUUUAAUUUCAUAUCUUCAAUGUACUGAUCCUGUUGAUGCUGAACUUGUUGAAAAUGUAUCAAUUAUAGAUGCCCAAAAUAUUAAUUUAAUUGGGUUUAAUGAUAGUUUUGAUGAUGUUCAGAGUAUUCAACUUUCAACAUUAGUCAAUGAACAGCAAGGGUAUGAGGAAUUGGAGACUCCUACUUCUGAAAAUAUAAAUAUGGAUUACGAUUAUUAUACGAAUGCAUUGAAAGUGAUCGCAGUGGCAGAAUCAUUUGGAUAUCUGAACCCACCAAGAUCAGAGAGAUCAUUUUGGAUUCAUCCUUUUAUUGCAGUACGAGAAACUAAUAAUCGGUUUUUUUCUUUUUACGAGGAAAUUCGAAAGUAUCCGAGCAAAUUUUCCGAGUAUUAUCGAAUGUCCAUUUCUUCAUUUGACGAACUUUUGGAAAAACUACGUCCCCACAUAACCAAAAAAAUCACAAAGUUCCGACGUCCGGUGUGUCCAGAAGAAAGAUUGACUAUUACAAUCAGAUAUCUGUCAGUUGGAACAAAUUUUGUGGCGUUACAGUAUGAAUUUUUGUUGGGACGAAGUACAAUAGGAAAUGUUGUUAGAGAAACUUGUCAGGUUCUAUGGAACACCCUACAGCCUGAAGAAAUGCCAGAGCCUAAUCCAGACCAAUGGAUAGAAAUAGCCAAUAAAUUUUAUUUGAAAACCAACUUUCCAAAUUGUGUAGGGGCAGUCGAUGGCAAACAUAUUCGUUGUAUGAAACCCAUUAAUUCCGGAUCAAUGUUCUACAAUUAUAAAAAGUAUUUUUCCAUUGUAUUAAUGGCUGUAGUGGACGCAGAGUAUAGCUUUAUUUCAAUCGAUGUCGGUGCAUACGGUAAGGAGGGUGAUUCUACAAUUUUCAAAAAUUGUCCAUUCGGAAAAAAACUAUAUUCUGAACAAUUAAAUCUACCAGCACCUGUUGUUCUUCCAAAUACAGACAAUUUUCCGCAGCCUUUCGUGGUAAUAGGCGAUGAAGCUUUCGGACUACACAAAAAUCUUUUAAGACCAUACCCUGGACGAGGUCUCACACAAAAAAGAAAAAUUUUCAACUAUCGUCUAUCAAGAGCUCGAAGGUACGUAGAAUGCGCUUUUGGAAUACUCGCAAAUAAAUGGCGUGUUUUUCAUAGUGCUAUUCUAGUUGAACCCGAUUUUGCUGACGACGUUAUUAAAGCAUGCUGUAUUUUACAUAAUUAUGUUAGACGAAGGGAUGGUUAUAACUUCGAAGACACCCUCUCAAACUCUUUGGAAGACAUUCAAAAUGAAAAUAAUUCUGGAGCUCGUCAACAAGGAUUAGAUGUUCGAGAAUAUUUUGCUGAAUAUUUUAUGGAAGCAGGAGCAGUUCCGUUUCAAUAUCGAUUUGUUUGA